CAAAAAAUCCCAGAAAUAAAUAAAUACAAUCCAAUUCAUCAUUUCCCCCAAACUUUCUUCUCUCUCUCUCUCUCUAAAAUCCCCGUAGCGUGAAUCCUAAGCUUCCAUCCAUGGCGAACAGCAACCUACCUCGAAGAAUCAUCAAGGAAACGCAGCGAUUGCUCAGCGAACCAGCUCCUGGAAUAAGCGCAUCGCCGUCAGAAGAUAAUAUGCGGUAUUUUAAUGUGAUGAUUCUUGGCCCUACACAGUCUCCUUAUGAAGGAGGUGUGUUCAAGCUGGAGCUAUUUCUGCCUGAGGAAUAUCCAAUGUCUGCCCCCAAGGUCCGGUUCCUUACAAAAAUAUACCACCCGAAUAUCGAUAAGCUUGGCAGAAUAUGUCUUGAUAUUCUUAAAGAUAAAUGGAGCCCUGCUCUUCAGAUCCGUACAGUGCUCUUGAGCAUUCAAGCACUUUUAAGUGCUCCGAACCCAGAUGACCCGCUCUCUGAGAACAUAGCAAAGCAUUGGAAAUCAAAUGAAGCAGAAGCCGUUGAGACAGCAAAGGAAUGGACUCGUUUGUAUGCAAGUGGCGCAUGAUGGACAUACAAAACCACCGAAAAAUAACAAGUGUAUUAUCUAUCUAGUACAACAUAUUCCAUAACCUGAUUAUACUCCAUUUCGCCAUCCUUUUGGUCCCAAUAUAUGAUGUGUCCUUUAUUUUUAUUAUGAAUUUAGUGAUGGAAGAGUCAAUGAAGCACUUUUCAAGGUUUUGUCAUAUACUACUUUUUUCUUUAGUUAUGGGGACCAAUCAAUAAUUGCAUGUUCAUUCGAAAUGGACGGUUCGGUUCGCUAA